AUGAGUGCAUUCGAGCGUUUGAUAAAAUUCAGGGCAAAAGACGAUGGCAAGGUCUACUUCGCCAAUGUCGGAGUAGGACUUCAAAUUGCUGCGGGACUGGGAGUGACUGCGUUCCAAUCACUAGCAGACCUCGAGAGCAAUUCAAGGUCACAAGAAGCCACUCUUCUAGCCCCCGUUCCACACGAAAACGUGCCCAUCUAUUGCGUGGGUCUCAAUUACCGAAGUCAUGCGACCGAAGCAAAGCUCUCAACCCCUUCAUAUCCACCGCUGUGGACAAAGCCCGCAACUGCAUUAGCAAAUCCAAACGAAGACAUCGGCGUAAACCAAUUUUGUGCGUCCAGCUUGCCAGACUAUGAGGGCGAGCUAGUAUUCGUGACAUCACGAGAAUGUAAAAACAUCAGCGUCAAAGAUGCGCCAUCUUACAUUCUCGGCUACACCGUGGGCAAUGAUCUAUCCUGUCGAUUCUUCCAACUGCCGAAAAACAGCGGGGGACAAUUCUUUUUCGCCAAAGCCUUUGACAAAUUCGCACCGAUAGGUCCAGUACUCGUCAGCCCGGAGCAAUACGAGGUUGCGGCGAAAGGAAGGAAACUCACCACGCGUGUGAACGGAUCAGUUGUGCAGAAUGUCGAGAUCGCCAAAGACAUGAUCUUCUCGCCGGCGCAGAUUCUCAGCCACAUGAGUCAAGGAACGACUAUCCCCGCAGGCACAGCCGUGAUGACGGGAACACCUGCAGGAGUGGGCGCUUUCCGAAGUCCCAAGAGUUUUCUGAAAGAUGGAGAUGUAGUCGAGGUUGAGAUUGGUGGAAUUGGUGUAUUGAAGAACACUAUGCGCUUUCAAGGUGGUGGGUCCGCCCGUAUCUAA